AUGACGGGCAAAGCGGGCGCGGCGCUGGCCCCCAGCCUGCCCGGCAAGCCCAAGCCCGACGGCGCGGCCGCCGCCGCCGCCCCACCGCCGCCGCCCCCCGCGGCGGGAGCCAAGCCCAGCUCCGGGCCCACCCCUCCUCGCUGCACCGGCUUCGGCAUCCAGGAGAUCCUGGGCUUGAACAAGGAACCGCCGUCGCACCCGCGGGCCGCCCUGGACUCGCUGCCCGCCGGGCACCUGCUGGCGGCCCGCUCCGUCCUCAGCCCCGCCGGGGUGGGCGGCGUGGGCAUGGGGCUGCUGGGGGCCGGAGGCAUUCCCGGCUUCUAUGCGCAGCCCACCUUUCUGGAGGUGCUCUCCGACCCGCAGAGCGUCCACCUGCAGCCUUUGGCCCGAGCGCCCGGGCAGCUGGACAGCAGCCAGACGGCCAGCUCAGAUUCCGAGGAUGUCUCCUCCAGCGACCGCAAAAUGUCCAAAUCUUCCCUCAACCAGAGCAAGAAACGAAAGAAGAGGCGGCACAGGACAAUCUUCACAUCCUACCAACUGGAGGAGCUGGAAAAGGCCUUCAAUGAGGCUCACUACCCUGAUGUGUACGCUAGAGAGAUGCUGGCUAUGAAAACAGAGCUGCCAGAAGACAGGAUACAGGUCUGGUUCCAGAACCGCCGGGCUAAGUGGCGGAAGCGAGAGAAGUGCUGGGGCCGGAGCAGUGUGAUGGCCGAGUACGGACUCUAUGGAGCCAUGGUGCGUCACUCCAUCCCACUGCCUGAGUCCAUCCUCAAGUCAGCCAAGGACGGCAUCAUGGAGUCCUGUGCCCCCUGGCUCCUGGGGAUGCACAAAAAGUCUCUGGAGGCAGCGGCUGAGGCGGGGAGGAAGACGGAGGUGGAGCGCCAGGCCCUGCCCAAGCUUGACAAGGGUGACAAGGAAGAGAGGGGCUCGGAUCCCAAAACCGCCAUUUCCCAGGAGGAACUGAGAGAAAACAGCAUUGCCGCCCUCAGGGCCAAAGCUCAGGAGCACAGCACCAAAGUCCUGGGGACCAUUGCGGGGGACACCCCGAGGAAGCUGGAGAAAGGGGAGGAGGUGGCAGAGGAUGAGAGGCAGACCGAGAAGUCCAGUGCAUCACAGAAGGAGGAGAAGCUGAUCUAGGGAAACAGAGGCUGUGGAAGCCAGCCCUGACAGAUACUGUGCCCUUUGGGGGUCACAGCCCCCUCUGAUGGCCAGGCCUCCUGGCCGCACCCACCCAGAGUGUGGGGCCCUGGUUUCUUCAUGUGGGGCUACCCCAGGGGUGCCGCCAGCCUGCUCCCCUGAAGCACAGCCCUGUUCUUCACUCCUCCACUCUUAGGGCUUUCCUUAUCGCAGCCCAUCCCCAUCUCCAUCACCACCCCAUGGCAGGCUGUGGCUCCAGGUCCCUCUGGUUGUGGGUCUGGGUCUAGCCUAAGGCCUCAUCCAGCCCCCUC